CACUGGGAAACCGCUUUUGCUAAGCCCAUCGACGUACUUUUUUUAGCCCAGCGGCGACGACGUGUUAACUAGCCCUAAACCCACCGGAAAACGGAGAAUUCAGCCGGGCGAUAUGGAUAUGCAAAGUGAUUUCGAUCGGCUUCUCUUCUUCGAGCAUGCUCGCCGGAGUGCCGAAGUCACUUUUGCCAAAAACCCUCUUGAUACGGAGAACCUGACUAGAUGGGGAGGGGCGUUGCUUGAAUUGUCGACUUUCCAGAGUGUUCAGGAAUCAAAAACCAUGAUUAAAGAUGCUAUAUCAAAACUGGAUGAAGCAUUGUCGAUUGACCCAAAGAGACAUGAUACCUUGUGGUGUAUGGGCAAUGCACAAACUUCUUAUGCUUUUCUGACUCCUGAUAAAGGCGAAGCUAAGGGUUAUUUUGAUUCAGCUUAUACUUAUUUUCAGCAGGCUGUUGAUGAGGAUCCAGGGAAUGAACUUUACCGCAAAUCAUUGGAAGUGGCUAUCAAGGCUCCUGAAUUACACUCAGAGCUCCAUAAACAGGGCCUGAGUCAACAAGCCAUGGGACCAGGGUCCGGAGGAGGUCCUUCAACUUCUUCAAGUGUCAGGGGUCCAAAGGCGCAAAAAAGCAGCGAUCUGAAGUAUGAUAUAUUUGGAUGGGUUAUUCUUGCUGUUACUAUCGUGGCGUGGGUUGGAUUCGCAAAGGCAAAUGUACCUUCACCACCUCCACGAUAAGCCUGUGUUGGUGGGUUUAGAGGAGUGAAAAUGAUACUUGCAGUGGCAAGAGUAGCUAGGAGAAGUUGGAUGUUAUUAGAUACUGAUCUACACCAACCAACACAUGAAGAUUGAUGGAAGAAUAUACAGCAUGUAGUUUCUUUUUGUGAAUUUGAUUUGAGAAAUUGCUUUUGAUUAUGGCAAAUAGAAUGGCUUUUCCAUUCAGACUCCAUUGUUUUGAAGCUAAAUUAUGUACAAUCAAUUGAAGUAGAAGUCAACCCUAGUGGGGUGUGGUCAUUUAACUA